AUGGAAAACCUGGACGUCAUUGAAAAAGUAACAGAACCGAGGCAGUGGGUAAGCAGCAUGGUCACGGUAUGGAAACCAGAAAAACAGAAGAUCCGGAUAUGCAUGGACCCAAAGGACUUGAACGCCGCUAUUGAAAGGGAACACUACCCCAUGAGGACGAUCGAAAAAGUGAUGGCUCGGAUGGCAGGAGCUAAAGUGUUCAGCACAUUAGAUGCUCAAUGUGGAUACUGGCAGGUCAAGUUGGAUAAAGAAAGCUCAGCGCUGUGCACUUUUAACACCCCCUUCGGUCGUUACGCAUACAAAAGGCUACCUUUUGGAAUAAAUACAGCUGGAGAAAUAUUUCAAAGACUCAUGACGGAAAUGUUCGAUGACAUGGAGGGAGUAGAGGCGGACAACAGUACAGGCGAAACAGAAGAGAGCUCAUCAAAACAGAGGAAGACACACCUGCAGAUACAGAGGAGAAAGGAGAGAACACUGAGAGAAAAGAAAGACGAUACCCAUUAA